AGAAACAUCAAGUGGGACACCAAGGUGGAGGGGUGCUACUUCCAUUGUCUACAGGUGCAGGCAAAAGGGAACGCAAAAGCCAUUUGCUGUCAAAAUUUUGAACAAAAAUGAGUUGCCUGCUGAAGAGCUCUGUGCAACUCUAAAGAAGUUGUAUGAAGAAAAGGUAGAUAAGAAGAUUGUCCAAACCGAAAUUGGUGUUCUGCUUCGACUUUCACAUCCCAAUAUAAUAAAACUGAAGGAGAUAUUUGAAACCCCUACAGAAAUCAGCCUUGUCUUAGAGCUGGUCACAGGAGGAGAGCUGUUUGACAGGAUUGUGGAAAAAGGAUAUUACAGUGAGCGAGAUGCAGCUGAUGCUGUGAAGCAGAUCCUGGAGGCGGUUGCUUACCUUCAUGCCAAUGGAAUUGUUCACCGUGACUUGAAACCAGAAAAUCUGCUGUAUGCAACACCAGCUCCAGAUGCCCCUUUAAAAAUAGCUGAUUUUGGACUUUCCAAGAUUGUUGCAGACCAAGUGACCAUGAAAACAGUUUGUGGAACUCCUGGUUACUGUGCACCAGAAAUUCUGCGAGGAUGUGCCUAUGGCCCAGAAGUUGACAUGUGGUCACUAGGAAUAAUCACCUACAUCCUUCUCUGUGGCUUUGAACCAUUCUAUGAUGAAAGAGGAGACCAGUAUAUGUUCAAGAGGAUUCUGAACUGCGAAUAUGACUUUGUUUCCCCUUGGUGGGAUGAUGUAUCUCUGAACGCCAAGGAUUUGGUAAAGAAGCUAAUUGUGCUUGACCCCAAGAAACGGCUUACUACAUUUCAAGCUUUACAGCACCCCUGGGUCACAGGGAAGGCAGCUAAUUUUGCUCACAUGGAUACAGCCCAAAAGAAACUCCAAGAAUUCAAUGCUCGGCGUAAACUCAAGGCUGCAGUGAAGGCUGUUGUUGCAUCAACUCGUCUUGGAAGUGCAAGCUGCCACAACAACCAAGACGGAAAUAAACCAAGUCAAAACCAGCCUCUAGGUCCAGAAAAUGAGGCUGAAGAAAAAGUAGCAGAAAAAGAAGCAGCAGCAAGUCUCAUUGAAAUUCAGGAAGCAGUCUUUCAGGAAAAAAUGCCCGAAGAAGAGCCUUAGGAUCUUGGGGUAUCUUCUUUCAGCUGAGUUGUGUCAUUUUGUGCACCAGCCAAGUUACCGUUCAGCAAGGAAGAAACGUCUAAGCCUUGGCCAUUCUGGAGUGGCUUUGCUGGGAGAUGCAAAACGCUCUAGCUGGUGACCUGAACUUCAAUGCAUGUGACUGGUACUGACCAAAAAAUAAAACAAUAGUAAACAGUAUUUUAUUGGCAUGCCAUGGAUAAAGUGAUAUUUACAGUAAUACCAACAAGUGAAGGAGAGCAAGGAGAGUGUGAGCCCUCCUUAUGAUCAACUCAUAUGUAUAUCUCAUGUAGAGUGUUUAUAGAUGACCUCUAAAAGGAAGGAUGAUUCUGACUUAGGCAAGGUAGUCAUUUUCUAUAGAUCAUGGCAUUUCUUUUAUAUGCUUCCUUUUAAACUCAUAGGCACUCAGUAGACUGAUGGGAUUAAAAGAUCCACUAGGUAUUUUUAAAAUAGCCAAUGGAAUGUUUUGCAUCUGUCAUUGAGAAUUUACAAACUGUUUACAAUUGAGAACUUAGGGAUUUAUAUGCAAAAACAUUCCACACAUUCCUGUGAAAGAGUGAAAUGUACCUUCAGAUGGUUCUGAAAUUGUCUGCUAUUGAAGCCCAUGUUAAGAAUGCCUUACUUCUCUCAGUAACCAUUUCUAUACAGUAUUUUGAUGAUAACCAAAAUAUCUCCCAGACUUCUGCCAUGCCAUUGUCACUUUCGCAAACUGAUGCUAAGAGCAGGAGGCAAACAAAGAUGUCAUUCUUAAGGGCCUAUAGGAAUAAAUCAUGACUGCACCUGUUUGUAUGGGUGGGGAAUAUCAAUCUGCAGCUAUAGAAUAGUUCUGCAUGAAGAAUAUACAAUUCUACAUUUACUGUGGGAGAACAUUUAAGAUACUGCAGAAAGCAAGAGGUGGAAUGUGAAGAUAGAAAUGCAUAGCUGGGGAUACUGAAGGGUUGUGCAACCAGGGUUUUUUUUACCUGCUGGUGUAAAUUUAUCAAUAGAGGUGUGCCAAGAAAAAUCAGUACAAGGGCAGAUUUGGGCACUUGUCUUACGAAUAGUCAGGUAUGAUCAGGUAUGAUCUAUGUGAAUUGAAAAAUCAGUUAAAUGGAUGUUUAAGAGUAAGCAUCUGUCUGUAAAAUAUUUUAUUGCACUUGAAUUUCUUAGCAUACAAUAGAAACAAGAUAUUGGAAAAUGACUAUUAUAGCACAAUCCUACCUGUGUUUAGUGGGACUUACUCUCCAGUAAUUAAGUAAAGGAUUGCAGUCUCAGUUGCUUCUUAGGUACUUAUCUGAUAUUCUCAUGUCUUAGUUAUUCUUCAAUUUCUUACUC